AUGGAUAAAGAAUAUCAUCAGCCUUCAUUAUAUAAAAAUUCUUCUCUAACUUUAUUUGAAAGUUAUAUUGCUAUUGAAAAAUUUAUUAUUGAUACACGUUUAUCAUUUAUUGAUCAAUAUAAAUUAUUUGAUUUAUUAAAAAAAUUAUUACCCAAUGAAGAUAAUCAUUUAACAUGUCAAGGCUUUCUGUCGUGGCUUGUUUGGCGUGUAGAUCAACAUGAAGAACAACAGCAUCAACAAGAAGAACAACAACAACAGCAGCAACAAAGACAAUCUAUUACAGACAAAAGAUUACAUCAUGAGAGAAUGAUAUCGGAGAAUGUACAGAAUGAACCUUCAGAACUUGAAAUCGAAGAAGAUCAUGAUGAUGAUGAAACGUCAGAUGUUAAUCAUCGUUUAGAUUUUCCUGCUAGUACAUCAACGAAUUUAUCUUAUUCCAUACAUCCAAUUCCAACAAAAACUAUUAUGUAUGAAGGACGAAAUAUGAUGAAACAUCUUCGACCACGAACAACUUUAACGAGUUUUGCACGUCAUGUUGCAAGUGAUCUUUUUUCUCGAGAAGAAAUUAUGGCGAAAUUACAUGUUGACCAUAAUAAUGAACGCGAUAUUUUUCUUCGACAUUGUAUUUGUACAGCCUGGAAUUUAACUGAACAAGAACUUUAUUUAAUGUGGCCAAAAAUUCGUAAUGCUUUAUUACAACUUCGACGUGAUGCUAUUGCUGGUAAAUGUAUUCGAAUGAAUAACAAGCGAAAACAACAAGAACAAGAAUCAAAUCCUAAUCAAUGCAAUAGUGAAUAUGAAGAUGACGAAAGUCAAAAUAAGUUCGAUUUAUGUACAUAA